AGGAUUAUGUUGGCCGCGACGCUCACGGCGGCGCUCAUCUAUCUCACGGUGCAAAACAGCGACGCCUUGGCCUUGGACAGGGCGUGCUGGGACGAGAGGUUGACACGGGCGGGCAGGAAUGGCAGCUGUGUUGCUCCGCAGCCUUUCCUGAUCUUCGGCCAUGGUAAAGCCAUACACAGGAUGGAUCUGGACGGGAAGAACCACAGGCGGUUGGUGGCUGGGGUGGCGUCGUCCAUCCUGCUCGAUUUCCAUUUCAUCGAGGAACGAAUUUACUGGGCGGAUAAGCAUGCCGGAAUCAUCUACAAGACGUCCAUGAGAGGCUUGCAAAGACAGAAACUGUACUCGUCUGACAAACACAUUUCGGGCCUCGCCGUAGACUGGAUUUGGAACGCCGUGUACUGGACGAGCAGGGAAAAGGGCAGAAUAAAAAGGAUGGACCUCAACGGGGAAAAGGAAAGGACUCUCGUGAGGCACUUGACUCUGCCGAGCUCGAUUGUGACUGACCCCACGAAAAGGUUUUUGUUUUGGUUGUCUGGUGGAAUGACACCGAGCAUCCAGCGGUCCGACCUGACAGGACAAGCUAAAACAACAUUGAUCAAAAACUGGCAACAGUUGAAGGCACUAGCCGUCGAUUACAGCGACAAGAGACUCUUCUGGGUUCAGUUCGGUCUGCAAGGAGAAAUCGCCAUUGCCUCCUCGGACUACAACGGCAAAAUGCUACACUUCAUAGAUCAGCCCCUUCAGUCUGAUUCGCUGGGAAUAGGGAUUUUCCACGAGCACGUGUAUUACACCGAUGCGGCGUCCCGAGUAAUAAAGCAAGUGAACAAGUACACAGGCGGCGAGGCGCUGGACAUCAACAUAAAACAAAUGGCAAAGGUCCCGGUUGAUAUCAAAGUAGUUCAUCCUGACAAACAGCCAAUGGUGGACUCACCAUCAUCGGUUCCAGGAUGCGAUGAACGAAGUGGUAACUGCGUCGAUGUAUGCUCAAGUACAGCUGAGCAGGGAGUUUGCAAGUGCAGUGAAGGCUUUGCUCUCAGUAAACAAGGUUCCUUCUGUGAAGAUGUGAAUGAAUGCUCCCACUGGAACCACGGCUGUUCUCUCGGAUGUGAAAACACCCCAGGGUCUUAUUUCUGCACUUGCCCUAAGGGAUACGUUCUUCUACCAGACAAAAAAACAUGCAGAGAGAUCAUAACUUGUGAAGGCAACACCACCGAGUGUGGUAACGGUUGCCUUGCGACAGAUGAGGGUCCCGUGUGUGUUUGCCCAAAGGGUUCCAUAUUAAAGGAGGAUGGACAGGGCUGUACAGGCUGCUCUUCUGCAGACAGAGGGGGCUGCAGUCAAUUGUGCACCUCAAUCACCCCCACUAUGUGGCACUGCAGUUGCCUCCCCGGCUACCAACUUCACCAAGAGGCCAAGCAGUGUAUUGCCUCUGGACCGACACCAUACCUCCUUGUUGCCAGUCUGGUGGGCGUGCAGAGGAUUAAUAGCGAUGGCACUGAGGCCCAAAUCCUCGUGGAAGAGCCCAGAGGAGAAAUUGUAUCGCUGGAUUAUGACCCAGUGUCAAAUCAUGUGUACUUUACCAGUACAUCCCAGAGGACUAUCGAACGGGUCCAUUUGAACGGCGGAUCCAGACACCGCCUCGUCACUGACAGUCCAGACUCAAAAAACGGGCUUGCAGUCGACUGGAUCCAUCGCAAGAUGUACUGGACCGUUAUGCGCAAGUCAACAAUAGUCAGCAGUACCUUGGAUGGACUCAAUAUGACAACUCUAAUGAGAAGUGGCCUCGACAAGCCAUCAUCCAUCACAGUUCAUCCUCUGGAAAAGAAGUUGUUCUGGUCGGAUAUUGGACGUGAACCCAAGGUGGAAAGCUGCUCUUUAAACGGGAUGGACCGCACGGUGAUCGCAAACACUGACCUGGUGUCGCCCGGUGGUCUGACAGUCGACUUCGCUGAGGGUCGUCUUUUCUGGUGUGACGGGACCAGGGUGGAGACCUGCACUUUGGACGGUUCCGACCGACGGAUCCUGCAAGAGAACCAAGUAGGCCUGCCGUUUGACUUGGCCGUGUUUGAAGACAGAUUGUGGUUGUUGGACAGAAAGAACCGUCAGCUGAUGAGCGCACACAAGCGGACCGGGAGGGAGCUGCAACGUCUCCUUGGUGACAUUGUCCAACCUACGUCCAUUGUGGUGGUGCAUCCACUUGCUAAACCAGGAUUAGGAUUAGAAAAAAAACACGCAACUGCGACAUCUCUCCCAGACGAAACACUUAACGACGAAAGCACACCGCACACACCCUUUAACAGAGCAGACGUGGACUUGGAGGCAAGGCCGUACAAAGAGAAGAUGGUGUCAGAUACUGAUGAGUGUAAACUGGAAAGCCACAACUGUGACAAAAACGCAGACUGCUUAAACACGGAGGGCAGCUUCCUCUGCAACUGCCAGGCUGGUUACCGCGGCAACGGGCAGACGUGUCAAGCGAUACGCACCACGUUGCCGUCGGUGACGACGAGCCACCCUGGAAACUCCAUGGAGAGUUGCCCCCUUACCCAUGAGUCAUAUUGCUUAUACCAGGGCAUCUGCUUCUACUUCCCUGAGGUGGAGUCCUACGCUUGCAACUGCGUGGCAGGCUACGUGGGUGAGCGCUGUCAGUUCAGCGACUUGGAGUGGUGGGAGCUUCAGCAGGCCGAGGAGGAGAAGCGCAGGAACGUCAUCGUCGCCGCCUGCAUGGUGGUCCUGGUCUGCCUGCUCUCUAUCGCUGCCAGUGUGACCUACUGCCACGGAACUCGAGGACUCUUCCGCAAGCAGCCCUCAGCGGACAAUGUGAGUCAGACCAGCGUGACGGUCGAGGACCUCUUGGAAAUCAGCAAAGACGGUGUACCUCAGAUCUCCACAGCAGUGGACAGUGAGCCCAAUGCAAGUGUCGUCCCGGCAACAGGCUGUCCCAGGAGGGCAGUAUGUCCAUCGUGCUCGUCAGAAACAGGGGACAAUCAGUGUGAAGGGACGAGAACGUGGUCUAAGCACAACCAGGCAUAUGAGUGUUCUAUGGCGUCCGCUGUUGCUAUGGAGACCAAGCAGAAACCCCUCCAAAGCUCAAGUCAGUCAGUGGACAUCACACUGACGCAACUCCCCGUAGCAAAGUCAUCUGCCUCCUGCACAGUUUAAGUCUUACAUUCCCUGCUUCUUCCACUAGAGGACAACAACGUACUAGAUUUGACACAACGGCGUUCACAUAGAUUGGUUCUAUGAAGCUAUAAACUUCCCUUAUUGGGAUAAAACAUAUCACUGUGCAGUAUUUGUAUUGAUAGUGGUGUGCGGUAAGGAUGGAGGGAUAGUGAUGAUUUUUGGGGGGAAUACCUGGCCAGUUCGAUACCUCAUGUUUAACUAAUGGGCAAUCUGAAAAUCGAUUAGCAUCAAAUUAGACCCUAGUCCUUGGAUAGGCAAUGGUGUGAGAAAUAAGCUUUUAACAGUUAGCAAUAACACAAA